AUGCCAGUGCAAGAAUUAGUGGGCAAUUUGAUGAAGGAUGAGCUGCAGGCUGCAGUUCCAACAGGCAUAUUUCACCAGACCUUUAGAAAUGUGCCGUGGACCAAGAUUAUCGAGCUCGUUAGAGUGCAGUCUGAUGAAGUGCUUGCUUUAAUAAACAAUGCAAUCAAGGUCAAGGAAGAAAGGAAGCAGAAAAAGCAAGUAAAGAAGAAGAAACAGAGAUACGAGGCACAUCAACAGGAACAGGAGAAUAAUGCAGGCGAGGGCAGCAUUGCUGUGGAGAAUUGUCAAGUUGUGGAACCAAGUUUUCGUGAUCAUUCCAAAUUUAUGGAAUUGCCAACUGAUGAGAUGAUGGCAUUCGAAGGCAAAAAAAUAUUCAUUUUGAGUGUUCCCAACAUCAAGCAGAGAUUAAGACCUGCCAUUGUCCAUCCGUCAUAUGAUCUAUGGGAGGGAAUGUUAUUGGCAAAGCACAGCAUCGAAGGAGACGGAGCUUCUGCAGUGGCAUGGGCACUCACAAACAACUCAAUGCCAAAACAUGCACUUGUCAACAAUCUUUGGAUCGGAGAUGUUCCUCAUGAACUUGCAAUCCUCACUCUUCCCGAGCAACUUUUGGCUCUCAUGUGGUUAAAAUGCCACAGCGAGAUCUACAAGGAUAUCGCAAUUUCAGAUGAACAUCUUUACGGCCUUCCUGAAGAUGAUGUUCCAAUGGAGAUUCUGUCCAUCAUUCAACACAAAACUGAUGUGGGUCUUGUACAGAAGGAAAGUGCAGGUUAUGUUCCAUGUGAUGACUCGGAGAUGAAUAGAAAUCACGAUCUAGAUACAAUUGAAGUUGAAAAAGAUGAAAAUGUGAUGGAAGUUGAGCAUGAUGCCAAUGUGAUUCCAUUGCAAUUCCUUGGAGUCACAGAUACUGAAAUGAACUCGUUAUCAUUGAACGAGCUGAUGAAGUAUGCACUCACCAACAUGGAAGACAAGUCCGAGUUAAAGGAAGGUGGAUAUGCUGUGCGGCACAGCUUAAUGCCAGUCUCCGACUUCAGCUCAGGUCAACAUGGUGAAUGUAAUCCAAACCUAAAUCCAUUGGCUGCAGCAUAUCCAGUUCUUUUCCCAUAUGAUAUUGGAGGGAUAGAAGCAAGCCGAGAGAAGAAGAUUGGAUUCAAUGAACACAUACAAUGGGCACUGCAAUACUAUGACCGUUGA